CCCCGUGGAAGGAAGCAAGCUGCAAGCAUUCUAAUAAUAAAAAAAAGAUAAUUUUAUUUAUUUUUAUAUUUUAUUUUUAUUUUAUCUUUGUGAGUUGAAAAAUAUCAGAGACCGAUAUUCAUCCAAUUCCAACCCUACAAACAAACAAACACAUAAUCUAAUCUCAUCUCGUUCAUACAUGUGUAAUGACUUUUCCAGAAAAAGAAAAGAAAAGAAAAAAUCUGCACAGAAAGUGAUAUCGUAGUUCAGUUCCUUCCUUCAUCCUUGUCUAAUAAAUUCAUUUUUCCUGCCUCACGGAAAACGUAGGAACAUAACAACAGGGAACUCUGCAUUCAAUUUCAGUUAUUAGCUAUUGCUCAUCAAUUUCUCACCGCUCAUAUUGUUUGCUGGAAACGGAGUAAAAUAAAACAAGUUGGCUUUGGUAGAUAUUCGGAAAUUUGCUCUUGCAUUGAAGAAAAUGGCCAACGUGGGAUUGUUUCGUGGAACCGAGCCUUUAGAAUCGGUGAAUGUGACGUUCAGAUUACCAUAUUACACGCAAUGGGGUCAAAGCCUGCUGGUAUGCGGUUCUGAAGCCUUGCUUGGUUCCUGGAAUGUGAAGAAGGGUCUGUUACUGAGCCCUGUUCAUCAAGGUGAUGAGCUUGUCUGGUAUGGUACCAUUGCGGUUCCUAAAGGCUUCAGAUGCGAGUACAGUUAUUAUGUGGUGGAUGAUGAUAAAAAUAUUCUGAGAUGGGAGAUGGGAAAGAAGCGUCCACUGUCGCUGCCUCGGGGAAUUCGACAUCCGGAGGUGGUAGAGCUACAUGAUCUUUGGCAGACUGGUGCUGAUGCGCUUUCUUCCCGAAGUGCCUUUAAAGAUGUCAUCUUUCGGAAAAGUUGGAGUUUGACUGUAGAGAGGCCUCUAGAAGUCAUUGAAAAUAAGUUUGACCAAGAAGGUUCAAUUCUUGUCCACUUCAAAAUCUGCUGUCCUUACAUUGAAGAAAACACAUCGCAGAUUUAUGUUAUCGGUAGCUCCUCUAAUUUGGGGCAGUGGAAGGUUCAAAAUGGGCUCAAACUAAGCUAUUCUGGUGAAUCGGUUUGGCAUGCAGACUGUGUGUUGCAAAAGGUCUUUCUCUUCCUUGACGGCUGCUCCACAUACAAGUACUGUAAAUACAGCAGCGGAGAAAACUUUACUGUGGAAACUGGUCCUAAUCGAGACCUCUCUCUUGAAUCCUCAAAGGCUCAACCAAGAUGCAUUGUCGUGUCAGAUGGAAUGUUGCGGGAAAUGCCUUGGCGAGGUGCUGGCGUAGCAAUCCCCAUGUUCUCUGUUAGAUCAGAAGAUGAUCUUGGAGUUGGAGAGUUUAUUGACCUAAAGCUACUAGUUGAUUGGGCUGUCGAGUCUGGAUUCCAUCUGGUUCAGCUUUUACCAAUGAAUGAUACAUCAGUACAUGGGAUGUGGUGGGAUUCCUAUCCCUACAGCUCACUUUCUGUAUUUGCAUUACAUCCAUUAUACUUGAGGGUACAAGCACUUUCAGAAAAUAUACCUGAGGAUGUCAAGCUAGAGAUUCAGGAGGCAAAAGAAAAGCUGGAUGGAAAGGAUGUUGGCUAUGAGGCCGUGAUGAGUUCUAAACUUUCAAUUGCCAAGAAAGUUUUUUCACAAGAGAAGGAUAUAAUACUUAACUCCCAGUUGUUUCAGAAAUUUUUUUCUGAAAACGAGGAUUGGUUAAAACCAUAUGCAGCCUUCUGUUUUUUGCGUGACUUCUUUGAAACAUCUGAUCACAGCCAAUGGGGUCGAUUUUCUUAUUAUUCAAAAGAUAAGCUUGAGAAACUUGUCUCAAGAGACACCUUGCAGUAUGAUGUUAUCUGCUUCCAUUAUUAUAUCCAAUUUCAUCUGCACUUACAAUUGUCAGAAGCUGCGGAUUAUGCUAGAAGUAAAGGAGUAGUAUUGAAAGGUGAUCUCCCUAUUGGUGUUGACAGAAAUAGUGUAGAUACCUGGGUAUACCCAAAUUUGUUCCGCAUGAACACAUCUACUGGAGCUCCCCCAGAUUAUUUUGAUAAAAAUGGGCAGAACUGGGGAUUUCCUACUUAUAAUUGGGAGGAAAUGUCAAAAGACAAUUUUGGUUGGUGGCGUGCUCGUCUAACUCAGAUGGCAAAAUACUUUACAGCGUACAGGAUUGAUCAUAUAUUGGGAUUCUUCCGAAUCUGGGAGCUUCCUGAACAUGCCAUGACUGGACUAGUUGGGAAGUUCAGACCUUCCAUACCUCUAAGUCAGGAAGAACUAGAGAAUGAAGGCAUAUGGGACUUUAAUCGCUUGAGCCAACCAUAUAUUCGGCAGAAAUUCUUGCAGGACAAGUUUGGAGCAUAUUGGACUUCUAUUGCUUCAAAUUUUCUAAAUGAAUAUGAAAAGAACUGCUAUGAGUUUAAGGAGGACUGUAACACAGAGAAAAAAAUUGCAUCCAAGCUGAAGACAAUUUCAGGAAGGUCUUUAUUGGAGAGUGAAGACAAAAUACGGCGUGAUCUCUUUGAUCUUCUACAGAAUAUAGUUCUUAUUAGAGAUCCAGAGGAUGCAAGGAAAUUCCAUCCCCGCUUCAAUCUUGAAGAUAGUUCAAGUUUUCAUGAUUUGGAUGACCACAGCAAAAAUAUUCUGAAAAAAUUUUAUUAUGACUACUAUUUCCAUCGGCAAGAGAAUCUCUGGCGGCAAAAUGCUCUGAAGACGCUGCCUGUUCUCCUGAACUCGUCAGAUAUGCUUGCCUGUGGGGAAGAUCUUGGCCUCAUUCCUUCUUGUGUUCAUCCUGUUAUGCAAGAAUUAGGGUUGAUAGGUUUACGCAUCCAACGUAUGCCCAGUGAACCUGGUUUGGAGUUUGGUAUUCCUUCUCAGUACAACUAUAUGACGGUGUGUGCUCCGUCUUGCCAUGACUGCUCAACCCUGCGUGCUUGGUGGGAAGAAGAUGAAGAAAGAAGGAAACGAUAUUUCAAGACAAUGGUUGGAUCUGACACGUUGCCGCCCAGACAGUGUCUCCCAGAUAUUGCCUAUUUCAUCAUAAAGCAACAUGUUGAGGCUCCGUCUAUGUGGGCGAUUUUCCCUCUUCAGGAUUUGUUGGCAUUGAAAGAUGAAUACACAACACGCCCUGCAACAGAGGAGACUAUCAAUGACCCAACAAAUCCGAAGCACUACUGGAGAUACCGAGUUCAUGUGACAAUGGAGUCAUUGAUCAAAGACAAGGAACUGAUUGGUAUCAUCAAAGAUGUUGUGCGUGGGAGUGGACGCUUACAUUCUGAAAAUGAAACGCAGCAACAGCAGCAGCAACUGAUACAUCAGGUUGCCAAUGCCAAUGGAGUUGGAACAAACUUCAAUGUAGACCCUCUUGCCGUUCGCUAAAUCCCAACCAACCAAGUCAAUCCAAGCCUUAUGAAAUUUGAAGUAUAUGUUUUUUGGUUUUAAAAUCGCAUUCAUUCACUUCCUCUUUGUCUAUUCACUUUAUAUAACAUUAAAUAAACGCAGGCACGCAGAGGCAGGAUGGAUUGUAAAGUUUCA